AUGCAAACACUUUUCCUCUUUGCCUUAUGUGAAGUGGCUGUCUUGGAACCCAUCAUGAAUAAAAAGUAUUUUCCAGAAUAUACUGACUAUUUUGCCCAUGAUCCUGAGCAGAAGUGUAAAGUUGGGGACGUAGUUUUAAUAAAAGAGCUUCCAGAACAGAUGACCUCAAAGGAUAUUACCCACUCUCUCAUUAAGAUUGUGUAUCCCUAUGGAGAUAUCACAGAUCCAAUCACUGGCAAAAAGUGUGUCGUUGGUAACUACAGAGAUCACAUGAAGUUGCGCAGUGAAUUAUAUGGAAAAGCAGAAGGCAGUGAUGGUGGAUUUGAUUAUGAUAAUGCUCCUGACAGGUGGCAAGAAAAUAGGAAAGACUUUACCCACAAGGUAAUGCUUUAUAAUUUUAGUUAUUCCUUAUCACUAGUCGGAUUUUAUUCUUAA